AUGGAGUUCUCUCGCCCUGCAUCACCCACUGGUUCGACGGGAACGGUAGUCGACGACGACGAGCUUGAGACGGAGAUCUACGAGGCAGCCCAGCUCACUGGCGACUACUCCAAGUGCCACAUACUGGACGCGCCGCUGGCGUGGCAAAUGGCCCAUCGCGACCCGUCGCUUCCGCCGCUCUUCACGACCGAGCCGCCGCCCGAGUCAGACCUCGAAUAUUUUUCUGGCGUCGCGAUGGCCAAAGGCGUCCAAGAUGGCUUCUUCACCCCCGCAUGGACGACAUCGUGGGCGACAUCUUGCGCGGCGCCAGCUGCAACGACACCAACGUCUCCGACACGCGCCAGCGCGCCGGCUGGCCCGGUCAGCGACUCGGCUGCAUCGGAACCGUGGGCCAGCGCAACGUCAGUGCCGGACGCACACUCGUGGACGCCGCCGGCACCAAGCGCGUGGUGGUCUACGGCCCACGCGGAUGUGCCCAACCCGAUCCACGUCGUCUUUCCCGAGGCCGCGGCAGCCGCACAACCGGUGCCUGACGCGACGACAACGAGUUCACACGCGUGGGCUUCAACGCCAUGCGCCACAGAGGCCUCGAUGCCCGAAUCCGACGCCAGCAGCGAGGGUGUACCGACGCCCGUGCACCGCGGACAGGGUGAAGCGGCGCCCGAAACGACCCAGCAUUCUGCGCAACCGCGCUACGUCGCUGCAGAGGCCCCAAUCUACGACGCGCCUGAGCCGAUGCCCAAGAAGCCAAAACCGACGACGUCGGCUGCGGCCGAGAGCCCAUGUGGCGGCCAUGUGCCAGCGCCAACCUUCGACCCGGCGACGGCAGGUUCAACGAGCUGGGGCUGGCAUUCAGAUGAGCGCUGGUACAACGUCCCCGCGGACCCACCAGUGUACGCGUGGCAAGACCACACGCCAUCGCCGCCUUGGGGUGCGUCGUUCGCGUCGUGGGCAUCGUCGUCGUCGUGGAGCUGUGACACGGCCUCCGAGGGCUACUCGGAAGACAUUUCGGUCUGUGGCGACGACGUGAUGAGCACGACCGAUGUGUCGGAGGACAUGUCCGACAUCGAUGACGACGACGCGUACUCGGAUGACGUCGACAUGUCCGAGUACUGGGACGAUGAGACGGACAUGUCGUCGACCGACCAAGAGAAUGCGACCGACGCGCCGCCCCACGCGUUUUCCCGCCGUUCGACACCGUACGAAGCAACAACGCAGCCCGUCUCACCCGCGCCUCAUCGCCCGGCGUCCCCGCAUCGACAACAAAUAGUGUGGGUCUUCAUUAUCCACCCACACGCCGAGCGCGUCCGCCACGUCCAAAGCUACAACCGUUUGUGA